AUGUUUCAUUAACAACCAAUUAUAGGAGAAUUAAUAAAUAAUCAUGUUGAUAUAGUCAACUAACUUAUAAAAUAAAAAGAAGAGUUAUGUUAUUAAAAUUCAAAGAAUAUGGAUGCAUUUGCUGAUUGUAUGUUAAUUAAAGAAAAGAGAUUUAAGAAAUUAUAAAUGAAAUCUGAAAUAUUCAUUAGAUUUUGUGAAUUAAAAUAUGAGAAUUGUUUAUAAGAGAAGGAUGAAUAAAGUUGUAUAAAGAGAAUAAAUAAUCUUUUUGAUGAUUUCAAUUAUCAUAUGAAAUAUGAAAAUGUGUAGAAAUUAUGA